CAUUAGUGGAUCAGGGCAGAAGGUCUCCAGCUCAGCACACAUGUGCAGCAUGAUCCUGCAGUAACGGGAUUGAUCAUUUACUGAGUAUUGGGAAAGCAACCGAGAACCUUGGAGCCACUAUUAAUGACCAAGAACGGCUUUUGCUGACACUUCAUGCAAAAUGGAGAAGCAGUUAACAGGCACACUCGCUCUGGCAGUGUUCACGGCUGUGCUUGGCUCUCUGCAAAUGGGAUACAGCCUGGGCGUCAUCAACGCCCCACAGAAGGUCAUUGAAAGGCACUAUGCAAGAUCUCUGGGUGUCUAUAAUGAAGAGCUAGCUCGUAGGGAAGGAGGAAACACAACAGAGCAUGAAGAACCGACUGAUGCGUCUGUGGUCAUGUACAUGUCCUUGUCUGUGGCCGCCUUCUCCAUCGGAGGCAUUGUGUCCUCCUUUCUAGUCAGCUUUGUUAGCGACAUCCGUGGAAGGAUCAAAGGUAUGCUGUUUAUAAAUGUCCUGGCCAUAACAGCUGGUCUGCUAAUGGGCCUGGCUAAGAUGGGCACACCUUACCUCAUGGUGAUAGCAGGACGUGCUAUCAUGGGACUCUACUGUGGUCUGUCAUCUGGCCUGGUGCCUCUGUACAUUGGAGAGAUUUCUCCAGUGAAGUACAGAGGUGCUAUGGGAGCACUUCACCAGCUGGCUAUUGUCAUUGGCAUCCUCAUUAGUCAAGUCAUUGGUCUGGAUUUCUUGCUGGGAAAUGAUGACAUGUGGCACGUGUUGCUGGGUCUUUCUGGAGCUCCUGCUAUCCUGCAGAGUCUGCUGCUGCUUGUGUGUCCAGAGAGUCCUCGAUAUCUCUACAUCAAACUAGGCAAAGUGGAAGAAGCAUGCAAGAGUCUGAAAAGGCUGAAGGGAGAUUACGACACCUCAAAGGACAUAGGAGAGAUGCAGGCAGAGAAAGAGGAGGCCAUGAAAGAGGCACAAAUGUCCAUCCUGCGGCUGCUCCGUUCCUCGGUGUACCGCCAGCAGCUCUUUGUGGCCCUGAUGAUGCAUUUAUCCCAGCAGUUCUCUGGGAUCAACGCUAUCUUUUAUUACUCUACCUCGAUCUUCCAGACUGCGGGGGUUGCUCAGCCUGUGUAUGCCACUAUUGGAGUGGGAGUUAUAAACAUCAUAUUCACCCUUCUGUCGGUGAUGAUAGUGGACAGAGCAGGCAGAAGGACACUGACUAUAGUUGGGUUGGGAGGAAUGUGCUGCUGCGCUGUGGCCAUGACAGUGGGCCUGGCUUUUCAGGACGUUUACUCGUGGAUGAGCUACCUCAGCAUGGCAGCCAUAUUCCUGUUCGUGUCGUUCUUUGAGAUCGGUCCUGGACCAAUCCCAUGGUUCAUUGUGGCAGAGAUCUUCAGUCAGGGACCGCGUCCAGCAGCCAUCGCAUUAGCUGGGUGCUGCAACUGGACAUGUAAUUUUAUUAUUGGCAUGUGUUUCCCUUAUUUAGAGGGUCUUUGCGGGAAAUAUGUCUUCGUCAUUUUUGCAGUACUCCUAUUCGGCUUCACUGUUUUUACCUACUUGCGUGUCCCUGAAACAAAAGGGAAGACUUUAGAGGAGAUAGCGGCUGUCUUUCAUCACAAACGUGGAGCCCCCCCUUCCAAACCUCAAGAAGAGGCUGAGAUGGUGCAUCUCAAAAGCUCUACAGAGGCCUGAAAGGACCGUUAUCUUUUUAAAACUGUGGAAUGAACGAUGUUACUGCUGUCACAGAACUCGCCUGUGGCAGAAAUGAUCUGCUGUAUAUUCCACAGAGCCUUGCAUCAGGAGCUCGAUGAGCUCAUCAUUUGACAGGAAAUAAUUGGUUUAGAAGCAGGUAAAGAGAUUAACUAAACACAACUGUAAAAAUUGUGAAAGAUGAUGCACAAUAUAGACAUGCACUGGCCUUGGUACAACUGAUGCUGAGACUUAAAUGAUUGUAUAUUAUUUUUAUAUUCCCAAAGUUAUAUAUAAUGUAUGUUAAAGCCUUUUUUAAGGCAUGAUACAAUAAUCCUUUAGUGUAUUUUAUUAAUAUGACCUGACCUUUUAGUGAUAUAUAUUUGGUUGUGUCAUAAAGCUCAACCAGUCACCUGAAAGAAGAUUAUAAACUUUGAUGCAUAUAGGUGAUAACUAUUUUAAAAUGAACCUGUGAAAGAACAUCAUAUACAGUUGGUUAGUGGAUAGAGAAAAUGCUUACAUUUUCUUCAAGAGUUACAGUGGUGGUAUUACAGUUGUGUAUUUUUGCCAUUAGAAAAUUAUUAAUGUUUUAAAGUAAAUCAUUCCAAUAACAAACAUGUCAUAGCAAUGAUUUGCUUUACUGGAUAUAAGACUGUUAGGAAAUAACCGCUACUUUAUUUACAUUUGAACCUAUGGUAUAGGAAUAGCAGCAGAGUCCAUAAAUCGUUCAUACAGUACUAGGAAAGGCUUUAAAAAAAAACAAUAGUGCUGAAACCCUUUUUUGCUGUCUGUUGCUUUUGUCAUUCUUCCAUUAAAAUUAUACUCCAUUGCA